UUUCAUUUUUUAGCAACUCGGCCGGAGACGUACAGUUCUCUGCUUUUCCGCGUCUCCUCCCAUCAAUCUCUUGCCCAUUUUCAAUUCCAUCUCUGUUUAACCAACCAUCGAACUCCCUCAUAAUCGUCAAGAUCAUAAUCCCACUAUUUCUUUUUCAUUUCAUAAUUUCUUCCUCCUUCCCAUUUCCUUUUCCUCUUCCAAUUUUUAGGUACUAGUUUUAUUCACCAGACCUUUAAAUUCAAGAAUCUCUUUGUACAGCCAGGAUGUUUAGUUUCAUGAAAUCUCCCGCGAAAGUUACUAAGCAGAAUUCUGUAGAUCCUGAACUAUCAACCGGAUCUGGCACUAAUCCUUUUGAUUCAGAUACUGGGCCUGAUGCCAAACAAACUCUUAAUGCUGCAAGAAGAACUUCUUCCGAGCCUGUGCUCCCUAUACCAAACGCUAACCCUUUUGAUGAUGAUGAUGGUUUUGUUGGAAGAAAAGGGACAGCAACUUCUUCAGGCUCUAAAGACAGAUACAAAAAUGAUUUUCGCGACUCCGGAGGACUUGAGAACCAGAGUGUGCAGGAAUUGGAAAACUACGCUGUGUAUAAAGCUGAGGAGACCACGAAAUCUGUUAAUAACUGCUUGAAGAUCGCUGAGGAUAUAAGGGAAGAUGCUACCAAGACCCUUGACAUGUUGCAUAAGCAGGGUGAGCAAAUUGAGAGGACCCAUAGGAUGGCUGCUGAUAUGGAUAAAGAUUUAAGUAAGGGCGAGAAGCUUCUGAAUAAUCUUGGUGGCAUGUUCUCUAAGCCUUGGAAGCCAAAGAAGACCAAAGAAAUUACAGGCCCUCUUAUAACAGCAGAUCAUUCCUCUGGGAAAACUGAAAACAACAAGGAGCAAAGGGAAAAACUGGGUUUAUCUACGGGCAAAAAACAGUCAGCUACUAAAACACCACCCUCUGAACCAUCAGGUGCAAUGCAAAAAGUUGAGGUAGAGAAGGAAAAGCAAGAUGAUGCGCUCUCGGAUUUAAGUAAUAUCUUGGGUGAUCUGAAGAGUAUGGCUGUGGACAUGGGAAGCGAGCUUGAUAGGCAAAACAAAGCUCUGGAUCAUCUAAGCGAUGAUGUUGACGAGCUGAACUCUAGAGUGAAAGGCGCCAAUCAACGAGCUCGCCAUUUGAUUGGGAAGUAAAUCAAACACAAGUUCUUUCUCUCCCACCUCUUCCAAGUUUGUUCAAGCUGGAAGGAUUUCGUUCAAACAUUCUUUAAUUGUUGGUGUGUUCUUUUUUUUUUUUCCCUCUCGUUUUGUAAGGUUGUGUAACAAGUACAGAACUUUGCUUAUAUUCUUUCAAAGAAAAAACAUGUAUCCCUUCAUCUUGUUGAAGAUAGAUUGACUCAAAUUUAGAUAAUAAAAGCUGAAAAUUUAAUA